GGUCGAUGACAGGAAGAGCAGUAGGAUAUUUCAAGUCACCGGUGUUUUCUGCCUUGCUUGAGCAAGAAGAUGCUACUUUUAUCUGAUGCACACAUGAACAAAGUGAUGUUCACUUCAGCGUUGGUACAUCAACCGCGUUUUGAAGUCGCCAGAAGUGAUGAUCAUGGAAACAACAGUGGUGACGUUGUUGGAUGUGCCGAAAGUGCGUGAAGAGCUUGCAGAAUUUGGGAUCCAUUGCGUGCUGUUACGGAACGUGCUGACACUUUGGGAGCUGGGCGCGCAAGAUCCCGAACCUAUCAUCACAGUUGCUCGCAGGAACAAACAAGUAACUGCAAUCAUUUGCCAGCAAGGUGACACUACUGAUGAAGGACCCUCAUGGUAUCAAAUGCUCACACCUAACUCCAAACCCAAUCUGGAUCUCAAACAAAUGCUUCAAAAAUUUGUGGAUUGGAAGAAAAUUCAACUCUGCUUCGCGAAUGUUCCUUUUCUAAUGAAGGAAACUUUAUACGCAGUCGCUGCAGAAAAUAAUGUCCAUCUUUUGAGCGUGGAAUCUUCCACUGAAGAUCAUCCGGCUCUUUAUACGCCGUCGCCAAAAUUGCCUUCUUCGCAACAAUUAUCCAGAGCAGUGUUCCCCAACCUGUUGUUCAUGGACUGGCGCCAGUCUGCAGAAGUUGUUUGCCAGUCUGCAGAUUAG